AUGGAGGACAGCAACAACGACGCGUCGACGAAGGAGCCGACCAGCAGCAGCAAGCUGGCGAAGAAGAAGGGGAGCGCGGGGAGCGGCGGGAGGUCGUCCGCGCUCGAGCGGCUGCGUGCGGCCAAGGCCAGCCUCGAGGAGCAGAAGGGCAAGAGCGCCUCGGCCCGCAGCACCUUCAAGGCCCACACCAUGAGCUCCGCCGACCGCAACGAGUUCCGCCAACUGCGCGACCAAAUGGCCGCCUCCUCUUCUUCUUCUUCAUCGUCUUUGCCAACCUCUGAUGACUCUUCGUCGUCGUCAUCAUCAUCACCGUCAUCGACGCCUCAUCUGCGGUCAUCGGCCUCGAGCGACUUUCUGCGCCGAAUGCGCGAAGAGAAGCUCGGCGGCGGCGGCGCACCGGCGUCGGAGGCCGAUGCGGGAGGCAGCCAAGAGCUCAAGCGGAGCGGCAGCGGCGUGGGCAGCUUCUUCCGCGAGGAGCGCAAGCGACUGCAGCAGUCGGCCGGUGGCGAGGGCUCCGGCUCCGGGUCGCUGGUCAGGCGGGGCCAGGCCGAAGCCGCCGCCGGGUCGGCGGCCGACGAGGCUUCGUCCGCUCCGGCGGCGUCGGUGCUGGACGUGCUGCAGGCCGGCAGCGUCGAGCUCCAAAACAGCGAAAAGUCGUCGUCGUCGUCGUCGUCUUCGUUCUCUUCGUCAGCUUCGUCUUCGUUCUUGGCGCCGACGGGGAAGGGGACGGCGGCGCAGUGGCUGAGCGCGAAGGAGCAGAAGCGGUCCCUGUCGACGAUCAAGCGGACCAAGGAGGAGAAGCUCAAGGCCCUGGAGCAGCUCCAGAGCCAGCUCCAGCAGAAGAGAGCCGACAUCAACGCCCACAAGGAGAAGCAGCAACAGAACGACGAGCUCCUCGCCAAGAUGGUCUCGAAAUCGAUCAUCAUCGCGCCGGUGGUGGCCCGCGGUUCGCGUAUGGUGGGCAAGUCCAUCAUCGUGCCGCGCACCACCGCCACCGAAGAAGACGGCGCCCCGCCAUCGCCGCCCAAGCCCGCCCCGCCCGCCUCGACGCUGUCGACGUCGGUCGGCGGCGGCGCUGGCCCGGCCAAGUCGAGACUGGCGUUGCCGGCGCUGACCGUUACGCCGUCGGCCGGUGAUGAUGAUGAUGGCGACGAAGAUGAGAAGAUGAUGAAGAAGAAGAAGGCAAUGUCGAACAAGGAGAAGGACGACAGUAAGCAGCGGGUGAAGGAGGCGAAGAAGAAGAAGCGCGAGGAGAAGAUGAUGGACGACAUGGAGCGGCAGCUGCUCAAGGAGAGCCGCAAGAUGGAUGAGGAGAAGAAGAACAUCCAAAUCGACAACCAGCUCUCCACCUUCCUCACCUCGCUCCUCACCCUCGAAUCUGGAUUUCGCACGGUGGAGAAGGAGAAGAUUGAGGCGCUAAAGAAGCUCGACGCGGCCGACCGCGAGCGCGAAUACCUGGGCACAUUCCUCGUUCCCACACCGCCGCCGAACCUUCACACAUCGUCGCUGCUCGACGACAUCAAGAAGCGGCAGCAGGAGAUGGAGGAGAUCGUAUCUGCCACCACUUCAUUCCUGGGCUCGGCCGCCCUGGCGACCUCGGCCGACCCCACCACCCAGUCGCCAGCUCUGCCUUCGCUCUCCUCGUUCCCGUCGUUCGCCUCCCUGUCCGACUUGCGCGCGGCGACGACCGCGGCUCCCGCCGACUCGCCGGCGCCCCCCGCGCCGCCACCGCCCAGUGCCGAGAUGACGUCAUCAUCGUCACCGCCAUCAUUGGCUCCGCCGCCCACUCCGCCGGCGGCCGCGGCUUCCGGGGUUGCGCCACCAAUGCCGCCGCCGGCCGCGGCCGCGGGUGGCGAUGGCGAACCACGGGGUGCCAUGCUGGCGCAGAUCCGCUCGGGCGGCUUCGACCUGAAGAAAGUGGAACGACGCCCUCCAGCACCGCCGCCGCCUUCGACGGCCGGCAAUCUCUUCCAGUCGCUGCAGGACACGUUGGUGGCGGCCAUGAACGUGCGCAAGCUCGCCAUGCAGGGCGAUGACGACGACCCCGGCGACGACGAGUGGGACUGA